UUUCCGGUUUCCCUGGAAAGAGCGGCUCCUAGUUACGGCUCCCCUCGCCACAAAAACUACAAAACCCAGAAUAUAGCGCAAGUUCCCCUCGUCCAAUAGGAACCCCCCAUGUAACGAGGCGCGGAGGCCGGCUCUCGCAACUCAAGAUGGCGGACGAGAGUGAGACAGCAGUGAAGCCGCCGGCACCUCCGCUGCCGCAGAUGAUGGAAGGGAACGGAAACGGUCAUGAGCACUGCAGCGAUUGCGAGAACGAGGAGGACAACAGCUACAACCGGGGUGGUUUGAGUCCAGCCAAUGACACUGGAGCCAAAAAGAAGAAAAAGAAACAAAAAAAGAAGAAAGAGAAAGGCAGUGAAACCGAUUCAGCCCAGGAUCAGCCUGUGAAGAUGAACUCUUUGCCAGCAGAGAGGAUCCAGGAAAUACAGAAGGCCAUUGAAUUGUUUUCAGUGGGUCAGGGACCUGCCAAAACCAUGGAGGAAGCUAGCAAGCGAAGCUACCAGUUCUGGGACACACAGCCUGUCCCCAAACUGGGAGAAGUGGUGAACACCCACGGUCCCGUGGAGCCUGACAAAGACAACAUCCGCCGGGAGCCCUACACCCUGCCCCAGGGCUUCACCUGGGAUGCCUUGGACCUGGGCGACCGGGGUGUGCUGAAAGAACUGUAUACCCUCCUGAAUGAGAAUUAUGUGGAAGAUGAUGACAACAUGUUCCGAUUUGAUUAUUCCCCAGAAUUUCUUUUGUGGGCUCUCCGGCCGCCUGGCUGGCUCCCCCAGUGGCACUGCGGGGUUCGAGUGGUCUCAAGUCGGAAACUGGUUGGGUUCAUUAGUGCCAUCCCAGCAAACAUCCACAUCUAUGACACAGAGAAGAAGAUGGUGGAGAUCAACUUCCUAUGUGUCCACAAGAAGCUGCGCUCUAAGAGGGUGGCUCCCGUCCUGAUCCGAGAGAUAACCCGGCGGGUUCACCUGGAGGGCAUUUUCCAAGCUGUUUACACUGCCGGGGUGGUCUUACCAAAGCCUGUUGGCACUUGCAGGUACUGGCAUCGGUCCCUAAACCCCCGGAAGCUGAUUGAAGUGAAGUUCUCCCACCUGAGCAGAAAUAUGACUAUGCAGCGUACCAUGAAGCUCUACCGACUGCCAGAGACUCCCAAGACAGCCGGGCUGCGACCAAUGGAAAAAAAAGACAUUCCAGUAGUCCACCAGCUUCUCACUAGGUACCUGAAGCAGUUCCACCUCACGCCAGUCAUGAGCCAGGAGGAGGUGGAGCACUGGUUCUACCCCCAGGAGAAUAUCAUCGACACUUUUGUGGUGGAGAAUGCAAACGGAGAGGUGACGGAUUUCCUGAGCUUUUAUACACUUCCUUCCACCAUCAUGAACCAUCCAACCCACAAGAGUCUAAAGGCUGCUUAUUCUUUCUACAACGUUCACACCCAGACCCCUCUUCUAGACCUCAUGAGCGAUGCCCUUGUUCUCGCCAAAAUGAAAGGGUUUGACGUGUUCAAUGCACUGGAUCUCAUGGAGAACAAAACCUUCCUGGAGAAGCUCAAGUUUGGCAUAGGGGAUGGCAACCUGCAGUAUUAUCUUUACAAUUGGAAGUGCCCCAGCAUGGGGGCGGAGAAGGUUGGGCUGGUGUUACAGUAACCAGUUGCCAGUGAGAUUCUGGAUAAAGCCACUGAGAAUUCAAACCAGGAAAUGGAACCCCACCACUUGUUGGUCCAAUUUUCACAAACGUGAGAGUCCCAGGCAAAGGGAACAGAACUGAACCGGCUUUACCAAACCACCACUGAACUUGACAAUUGUAUUGCAAGCGUAGGCUGCGUGAUGUCACCUCUGGCCAUGUCUCUGGUCUCCCUGUUUUCCAAUUUAUCACAUUCUUAUGCAGCCGUGAUCAAGGGAAUGUAACUGCUGAAAGCUAGCUCGUGAUUGGCAUAUUAUGGAGUUAACGGGUGAAUAAUAAAAGUAUAUAUAUAUAUUAUAUAUAUAAAUAUUUUAAAUAUCUUUCAUGUUCCAAAUGUACAAGGAUGUUCGGUCUCUAAUGAAAAACUGAAUCCAGAUCAUUCCUCAAAAUUAGAAGCCAAGGACAGUGCCAGACAAACAUAUUGGUACAGUGAAUUUUUUCCUUCUGAAAGCAGGCAUUGACUUUUCUUGGUGGAGCAGGAGAAAGAGGAUGUGGGGAAUCUUAGCCAGUUUCCCUUCUGAAUUGGCUGGAAUGAUUCGCUUCGAGAAGGCAGGGUAAGGUGGAGGGACUGUGCCGAGCUUUGGGGAGCGCUCGGAUCUCACAGAACGGCAGGGGGAGUCCUGGCGGGGCUGACCCCACGCAGAGGCGUCCCUUCAGAGGCCGCAGCAGGCAUGAUCUGGGGAAGCUGAUUUCCUUAGUUGAGUCCCUUCUUCCAUCCUCUCGGCCUGCUCCCUGUAGGAAGUCGUCCUGCCAACUGAUUUAAAAAGGCUCUUUAGCCAGCUGUUGCCAACCUUAUAGGGAUGAGUCCGCUGUGAGACUGCAUUUUUCCACUGCCUGGGGUGACUGGCAGUUUGAAGGAGACCUCGGACCUCCUUGUAGCAUCUGGGACCUUGUGGGGACCAUAUCAGUGCCAGCCCUGCUUAGCUCAUCUUAGAGCAGAGGGCCAGCACCUUGAUGCCCCCAGGGUGGUUGGGCAAGGACAGCGUGGGGCCGAUACCCAGGCCCCUGCAGCUGCCUGGCCCGUGCCUUCCAGCCCAUUAGCCACAUCUCGUUGUGCUCCUUUUCAAGACUCUGCCCGCAGGGAGUGGAAGGAGUGCUAGUUAGACGCCGAUCUGGACUUGGCAGCAGAAAUGACUUUAUGUUGCCGUUGUCUGAGUCUCAUUUUCUCUGAUGAUGUUUUGUGGAUUUUUGUGGUGGUGGUGAUGGUUAUUAAUGCUGCCAAUUUCCCCAAAAGUAAUGGAGCCUCCGGUCACGUGGUUGUCCGUGUGGGCAUUCCUUAGUUGUGCUCAGCCAAGUGGCUUGGGGAGGACUGGGCUGUGGAAUUGUCAGUGACCCACAUCCAGGUUUCUGUGUAGCUUUUGCUCUAGGAGAAAGUAAUGGGUGGAUAGGGCGGCAUGUGGUGUGGGGGGUGGUUCCUGGCUGCUUUCGCCUCUCGGCUACUUGUAGGGGAAGGAAGCCUUGGCCAAGAGGCCAGGCUCAGCCGAGUCCCACUAACUGAAGCCAUGCUCUGUAGGCCAACAGAGCUGUGUUUCAGGCUCUAAGUUUUGGUGAAGUUUGCCAGAGGCUCAUUCUGCAGAGUCCCCAAAACUGGAGGAAAUUGUGUGCUUGGGAUGGGAGCUGUGCCACCUGCUGGAACGCUGCCCGCUCUGCAGCCUGCUGCUGGAGCCUGCAACUCCACUUAUUGGAUUUUCAUCAGAGGCCUCUAGGGGCCUCCCUUCUCCCCAUUUUCCCUGUGCUGCCAGCCCCAGGCACCAGCAGUCGUGGCUGACGUUUGACUCCUUGACUCCAAGAUACCCAGACCAAAGAAGCUGCUGUUCUUAGCAAGAUGUGCCCUGCAUUCCACAGACAGGAGGAGCUGGAGAGGCAGGGGCUUGCCUUCACAGCUCACAGACAUCAGACCCCCGGCGCCCCAAGUCCUAGAGCAGCUCACCAUGUUUAGGGUGCACAGCAGCCCCUGGAGUAAGCUUUGCCUUGGUUGGCCCAGGUCAUGGAAUGGAAACUGUGAGGCCCGUGGCUGCUCUGGAAGAAACAGAUCUCCUAGGUCUCCCUCCAAAACCAUGUGGCCUGCUCCUUGGACUCUGCUGUUGUCUCACGGGACCCCGCCCAGCCCUCCGCACCACUGCCCCCAUCUGCAGGAGUCGGUGGCUGCUCUUAGUCUCCUUUUUGUCCAAACAGCCCCUGGGUUCUUCGCUCAACCCCUUCCAGGACUUCAGGCCAGAGAGCUGAGACAGAACCGUUGCUUGGGGUUCAGGGCCUCCCCACAAGGAGACUUGCAGGAUGGUGGGGCCAUAGUUGGUUUGAACCAAACAAGGGAAGCACCCUGGAGCUUCCAAGCCCAUCACCUGGGACCUGCCUCAGGCAGCGCUGUCGGAGGGCCUCCCGGCCUGGCCCUCACUCUGCCGCCAGUACUCCUUGCUGGCAUUGGGCUUUUGGAUUCUGUGUUUCUAGAGGUUGACCUCUUGCCUUUGGAUUGACUCUGCAUUUGACCCCUGACCCUGUGGCACAUUCCCACGGCUUCCGGUCUCUGGAGGGAGAAAGCUGGGUAGAAAGGAGGCCUCAGCUCUGGAGUGAGGUCUCCACAAGGCUCAUUUCCCUCACACGUGCCUCCUUCUGAAGACGCCGACGUCUGAUUUGAAGGCCAGCCCACACCAAGCCACUUCAACACCUAGGUUUAUGGAAAAUUUCAGGCCUUGCCUGCAACUCCCUUGUAACUGCCAUCACCCCUUACUUGCUGGCUCAUUGAAGCCAAGGAGUAGGUGCCCUUGUGGUCUUGAAUUCUUUACCAAAAGAUGACCAGCAUUUAACCAACCAAAGGGAUGGCCCAAAGGCCUGGAUAGCUUCACGGAGCUGCAGUCGAGGAGAGGGUAAGGGACUGACUGGCAGGCCAGAGGAGGGGGGCGGGAGCGUAUCUCUGGCCAGUGCCUACCCACCAGGGGGCAGCCUUUCUGUGGCCUGGCUCACCUGCCCCAGAACCAGAGGAGACCCAAGGCUUUAGUUUUGCCCUACUUCAAAGUGAAGGCAGGCUUGCAAAUAGACUGUUCCUAGGGAGGCUGUGUGGGACAGUUUCACUCAAUUAAAAAUAUUGACCGCAGGCAGGUGCCGCAUCUGGGAACAGGGAAGGCAGACGCUUCACCUUUUUGUCUUGGCUUUUCUCUGAACUGCGGGAGGGGCAUCCAUUUCCAGGGUAGGGGAAGAAAAAACAAAUGCAUUGUUGUUCUGCUCCAUACAUCUCACUUGUUUCUAAUAAAGGAAGCAGCUGAAGAAAA